CAUCAAACACUAUUGCUUUUAAGUGUAUUGGUAGCUAUGCUGACGAGUGCCGGUCUGCUUACGCUCUAUCAGCAGCAUAUUGUGUGUUCAUUCUGUGUGUUGUGAAAUUCAUCUGCUCUUGGAAAAUUUUAUAUCAGAAUAUCGUUUAGACAGGAAAUAUAGAAAUAUUGUUCGGGUAAUUCAUAAUUGGAUGUUAAAAUUGUGUCCGAAUCGUCUUUAUUUUGAAAUCAAUCUUAUAUUGCUUCCAUCGGAAACAUUCCACAAUGGAGGAAAAAAUCGUACAGAUUCAAAAUGCGUUUUGGCAAAAUGUUCAAUCCGAAGUAUGGGUGGCACUGGAUCAGUUUAGACAAUCCAAACGGAAGCUUACAAAAAAAUUUAUCGAACAUUUUCAGAAGCUGACCAACAGGCGAGUGAUUGAAACAUGCCAACGAUAUUUGAACGAAUCAAGGCCUAAAAAGGUCAAAGAUGCAAAGAAUGCCAGCAAAGUAAACGGACAACCGAAAAAGCGACAAAAUGAAGCUUCUUCUUCGUCAACACAGCCUUCUCCUAUGAAGAAGCCAAAUGUCGAUCAUGGUGAUAAAAGCAACAAACAAGGGCAUGAUGAUUUGCCAUGUACAAUUUUCUUCUGUGUUGAUUGUUUGGACGACAAAAACCCGGCCAAAUCUUUCAUCGGAACUAUUGAUGAUGUGUACAGCCAUUGGUUGGCCAAACAUGCGGACGAAUUGCUCUCAAAGCCUUUCAAUUUCUACGCUGUGGCUUCAGUCGGGUGUUUUUACUGCAAAAAGGUUGGCAUGUAUCACGAGCUGGUGCAACAUCACGAGGACAAACAUGCUGGCCAACAAUUUGCGAUUGUUAAUCGUGGUGAUCGCGAUCAAUGUGGCUUGUGCCGCUCCAAAAACGAUGACAUGACAAACCAUUUCAAAGUGGAACAUGAUAUGAAGUCAGCGCCCAAGAUAUUCAAUCCGAUUUGCUACACAGAGAAACUGAUCGACGAACUCCUGAAAGUCAAUACACAUACGAAAUAUCAAUGCGAAAAAUGCAAUCAACUGUUCGCAACACAAGCUGAAAUCGCUGCACAUUUUGAAAAUUCACACAAUGGCCAAGCAGUUCAAUCGAAAGAGCUUACAAACCAUGGAAGCACACCAGAUCACUUGAUUUGCGGCUAUUGCCAGGGAAAGGUCGAUUAUGCAAGAUAUUCGAGCCACUUUUGGGACCAUUCAUACAAUUUCUCUUGCUCGAAAUGCAAAUAUGAGUCGUCGAAUUUGUCUGAAAUGAUUUAUCAUGAAAAGUGCCGACACCAAAUUGACACAGUGAACACGCAUCGCGAACUAUUCGUAAAUCAACUGAAGAAUCAUUUUCUCACCACGAUCAUAAUAUGGCCCAAUGGUUUGACUCUCAAAGAACAAAAUGUGAGCGGAACGAAGUUUGAUGGUAGCAAAUCAUUUAACACUUUUUUGGACGGGUUUUUCAGUUUCAUGGUUUCGUCAGCCAAGAAGAAGAUCGAAUUGAACGCGAGCGAGCGUUCAACAUCGCAAAGUGAAUCGGCCGCGACUACUGUCCAUGUCAUAACACCACAAAAACAAUCACAACCACAAACGGCUUCAACUGUAACAACACAUUCUGCAACCUCCAAUCGGUCAACUAUCAUUGAGGAGCUGAUUGAGCAACAAAAGCUAGCAAACAAUGUUUUCGUCUAUGGCAUUAGAAGCAAUCUUAACGAACGAGAUUUGAUUAAUGUCUUCUUAAAAUUUUGUCGAGAGGUAGGUGUUGCUGGUGUGACCAUUUCAGACAUUCAUCAAGAUAUAAUUCAAUGUAAAGACGGAAUUAUUGUAAAAUUUCAUCGGAUGGACGUAAAAAAAGAGUUUACGUCGAAGACGAGGGGGAAGUUCGUUCAUUCUAGUGUGUUCAACUUUUAUCUGCCACGUGGCCAUGCUUCAUGGAAAAUCUACGCACAGAAUCAUAUGACGGAUUAUUUUCGCAAAAUUCAUAGGGCUGUGGUACAAUUAAAGCCGCAUUCAUAUGAGCUACGCAAAAAUGGAUUUGCGGUUAAAUUUGGCGCUAGAGGUGACGAACACAUCAUCCAAUCGCAACAAGAGCUCAUACAUUUGAACAAUCAUGGAAAAAUUAUUUCUAGAAAUUAAAAUAUUUCAUUUCUUUACUGUUCAUUUUUUUUCUCGAUAUACUUUACAUAAAAUCAUUUACACUAAGACUAGAAUUGCCAUAUUUUCAGCCAUUUGUUAAUACGUAUCAACAAUUUCUGUUUAGCACAAUACAAAGCCAUUUAUAUCAUCAUUUUUUUUCGUCCUUGAAGACAUAAAAAUAUAAACAUAUAUCGAAA